CACACAGUUUAAAUAAAUAAGUAAACGAAGUGCACCUAAUUGCCUUCAUCUUCAACCAGCAUAAAACAAACAGAAUGCAUAAAAUGUUUAGAAAACAUUUUCGGCGAAAAUCAACAGAGACAGCAACAGAAAUGGCAACAACAACAACAACAACAACAUCGAGAUCAUCGUCAACAACAACAACUGAAGGCAGCCUGAGAAUGUCUUCAACGUGGCAAAGGCAAAAACAAAAGCCAAAGCCAAAGCCAAGGGAAACCUCAACUUUAGCUCUGCCAUCGCUGAUCAACGAUUGUCGAUCAUUAAAGUCUGCCUGCAACUUAAUUGCUUUAAUUUUAAUAUUGUUAGUCCAUAAGAUAUCCGCAACUGGUAACUUUGAGUUGGAAAUAUUAGAAAUCUCAAAUACCAACAACCAUCUACUAAGCGGCUAUUGCUGUGGCGUACCAACAGAAUUAAGGGCCACCAAAACGACGGGCUGCUCACCAUGCACAACAGCGUUUCGAUUGUGCCUGAAGGAGUAUCAGACCACCGAACAGGGUGCCAGCAUAUCAACAGGCUGCUCAUUUGGCAACUCGACCACAAAAAUUCUAGGUGGUUCCAGUUUUGUACUUAGUGAUCCGGGUGUGGGCGCCAUUGUGUUGCCCUUCACGUUUCGCUGGACGAAGUCGUUUACGCUGAUAUUGCAGGCGUUGGAUAUGUACAACACAUCGUAUUCAGAUGCGGAAAGGUUAAUUGAAGAAACAUCAUACUCGGGCGUGAUACUACCCUCACCGGAAUGGAAAACUCUGGAUCACAUUGGACGCAAUGCACGGAUCACCUACCGCGUCCGGGUGCAAUGUGGCAAUUACUAUUACAACACGACCUGCACGACCUUCUGCCGGCCACGGGAUGAUCAGUUUGGUCACUAUGCCUGCGGUUCGGAGGGUCAGAAGCUUUGCCUAAAUGGCUGGGAGGGUGACAACUGUGAAAAGGCCAUUUGCAAGCCGGGCUGUGAUCCGGCCCAUGGUAAAUGUGAUCGACCUGGUGAAUGCGAGUGUCGACACGGCUGGCGAGGACCAUUGUGUGAUGAGUGCAUGGUCUAUCCUGGAUGCAAGCAUGGUUCCUGUAAUGGCACUCCAUGGAAAUGCGCCUGCGACACCAAUUGGGGUGGCAUAUUGUGCGAUCAAGAUUUAAAUUACUGCGGCACCCAUGAACCCUGCCAGCAUGGCGGCACCUGCGAGAACACUGCACCGGAUAAAUAUCGCUGCACAUGCGCCGAGGGUCUAUCGGGCGAACAGUGCGAGAUUGUGGAGCAUCCGUGUGCCACACAGCCCUGUCUCAAUGGCGGCACAUGUACUCUCAAGCAAAUGAAUGCAACGAGACUAGCGCUAACAUAUCGUUCCAUGCAUGGCAUGAGUUCCGCCAUGGGCAAGCCAAUAAGCCGACGCAAUUCAAUACGCAGUCUGGCCAAUCUACGCCAGGAGUCUGCAUCUACCUUGUCGUCGUCGUCGUUGUUGUCGUCAUCCUCUCAGUCUCAGUCUUUGAAUGGCUCCCAGCUGACGCCUUUGGCCGCUGAGUUUACUUGCGGCUGUUCAGCCGGCUGGACGGGACCGACAUGUGAAAUAAAUAUCGACGAAUGCGCCGGCGGUCCCUGCGAACAUGGUGGCACUUGUGUCGAUCUAAUCGGUGGCUUUCGUUGCGAAUGCCCGCCCGAGUGGCGCGGCGAUGUCUGCCAGGUGGACGUGAACGAAUGCGAGGCACCACACGGCCAUGGCUCAUCUCUGCCGGCGAAUACACUGCUGACCACAACGGCCAGUGCCAUCAUUGUGAGUAAUUUGAGCAGUUCGGCUGCAUUGCUGGCGGCGCUUACCUCGGCGGUGGCUGCCUCUGCCUCGGCAUCGAAUGCUGCCACCACCAUUGGACCCUGUAUCAAUGCGCGGGAAUGCCUCAAUCUGCCGGGCUCGUUCUCAUGCGUUUGCCUAGAGGGCUGGGGUGGACCCACGUGUGCCGAGAAUCUCGAUGAUUGCAUGGGCCAGUGCAAGAACGGGGCCAGCUGCAUCGAUUUGGUCAACGACUAUCGUUGUGCCUGUGCUCCUGGCUACACGGGACGCGACUGUGAAACGGAUAUAGACGAGUGUGCCACUUCGCCGUGCCGCAAUGGUGGCGAAUGUGUCGAUAUGGUAGGUAAAUUCAAUUGCAUUUGCCCGCUUGGCUAUUCGGGCUCACUGUGCGAGGAGGCCAAGGAUCAUUGUACUCCCUCACCGUGUCUGCAAGGACGAUGUCUGAACACACCUGGCAGCUAUUAUUGCCACUGUCCGCCAGAUCGUGCCGGCAAGCAUUGUGAGCAAUUGCGUCCACUUUGCUCCCAGCCGCCCUGCAAUGAGGGCUGCUUUGCUAAUGUUAGCUCCAGUUCCAGUACUGCGGCAACUAAAACAAAAGUAGCAACAACAACCACAACGAUGACAACAACAACAACAACAACAACAAUGAGUACAGCAAAUGCUGUGCCCUGCAGCGGUCAUGGCAGCUGCGAAAUGAGCGAUGUGGGUACCUUCUGCAAAUGUCAUGUGGGCCACACUGGAACCUUCUGCGAACACAAUCUCAACGAAUGCUCACCGAAUCCUUGUCGAAAUGGUGGAAUUUGCCUUGACGGUGACGGCGACUUUACAUGCGAAUGCAUGUCGGGAUGGACAGGCAAACGCUGCUCGGAACGGGCAACUGGCUGCUAUGCUGGCCAAUGUCAGAAUGGAGGAACUUGCAUGCCUGGAGCACCGGACAAGGCAUUGCAGCCGUAUUGCCGUUGUGCUCGCGGCUGGACGGGUCCAUUUUGUGCCGAGGCCAUCGACCAGUGUCGUGGUCAACCGUGCAAUAAUGGUGGAACCUGUGAAUCUGGAGCCGGAUGGUUUCGUUGCGUAUGUGCUCAAGGCUUCUCCGGUCCCGAUUGCCUCAUCAAUGUGAAUGAAUGCUCGCCCCAACCUUGUCAGGGAGGUGCCACCUGCAUAGACGGCAUUGGCGGCUACAGUUGCAUCUGUCCACCUGGACGACAUGGACUACGCUGUGAGAUAUUGCUAUCCGAUCCCAAGUCGGCUUGUCUCAAUGCCAGCAACACAAUCUCUCCGUAUACGGCUCUCAAUCAGAGUCAAAAUUGGCUGGACAUGGCUCUAUCCGGUCAUAGCGAGGAGGAUGAAUAUUGCAACUCGUGCGUCUGUGAGAAUGGCACUUCGCGUUGCACGAAUCUCUGGUGCGGUCUGACCAAUUGCUUCAAAUUGGAUCCUUUGUCCAAGUCAUCCAAUCUUUCCGGUGUCUGCCGCCAACAUGAGGUGUGUGUGCCCGCCCUGAGUGAGACUUGUUUGGCCCCGCCUUGUCAGGUGCGUGGCGAUUGUCGAUCUUUGGAACCAUCGAGACGUGUGGCUCCUCCACGGCUGCCCGCCAAAGCUAGCUGUUGGCCCAAUCAAGCUCUUGUUAAUGAAAAUUGUGCCAGACUUACGAUUCUAUUGGAUCUCGAACGAGUGGGCAAAGGAGCCUCAGUGGAGGGUCUCUGUUCGCUUGUAAGGGUUUUGCUGGCAGCACGUUUGGUCAAGCAGCCAAUGAACAACUCGGGCCAGGAGCAGGGCUUAUUGAUGGUGCUGUGUGAUCUGAAGACGGCUACCAAUGAUACCAUCGAAUUGACAGUGUCUUCUAGCAAAUUGAACGAUCCUCAACUGCCGGCCGCGGUGCUUUUGUUGGGUGAACUUCUUAGUUCGCGGCAACUGAAUGGCAUCCAACGUCGCAAGGAGCUGGAACUGAAACAUGCCAAGCUAGCGGCACUCACCUCGAUUUUGGAGGUGAAACUGGAGACGGCUCGCAUUGCCGAUGGAUCUGGACACAGUCUUUUGAUUGGUGUCCUCUGUGGCAUUUUCAUUGUACUCGUCGGCUUCUCCAUAUUCAUCAGUUUGUAUUGGAAACAAAGGAUGGCCUAUCGCAGUAGUUCUGGCAUGAAUUUGACACCUCCCUUGGAUGCCUUGCGGCAUGAGGAGGAGAAGUCCAAUAACUUGCAGAACGAAGAAAAUCUCCGUCGAUAUACAAAUCCACUCAAGGGGAGCACCAGUUCCCUGCGUGCCACCACCGGCAUGGAGUUAAGCUUGAAUCCCGCCCCAGAACUUGCAGCCUCAGCGGCCAGCAGUUCUGCCCUGCAUCGCUCCCAGCCGCUGUUUCCGCCGUGCGAUUUCGAGCGGGAACUUGACUCCGGCACAGGCCUAAAACAGGCCCACAAACGUAGCUCACAGAUUUUACUGCACAAAACACAAAAUUCGGAUAUGAAGAAGAAUACGGUUGGCUCACUGGAUAGUCCCAGAAAGGAUUUUGGCAAACGAUCGAUCAACUGCAAAUCGAUGCCGCCGCCUGCCUGUGAUGAUAAUGGCGAUAUACUAACCACUGUGGUGGUCUAGGUCCUAGGCAUCCAACCGUGAUCUCAGGUCCCUGCUCGAAAAGUUCCAAUUUGCCAACAGCACGGGCGAGAUUUAUUCCAAGUGCAUUAGUAGUGUAUAUUUAGUAAUAAUAGUAACUAACAAUUAAGGCAUUUAGCUUAAGUUUAAGGCCCAGUUUAGUUUAGUAUCGAUACUCUGUUCUCUUCGCUAAGCAAACAUCCUACAAAGUGUGAUAUUUAGUGUAACCCAGAUGCGCAUUUAAAUCCAUUCGUUUGCUUAUUCAAUGCGUAAUUCUUCUUGGCAAGAAAGUACAAGCUACUGUACAUAGUUCUCAAUUAGUAUAGGAGGGGGUAGGGG